AUGGGCCGCUUCAAUUUGGCAUCUUCGAAGCGGAAUCCGAAGCAGUGGCGUCUGCUGGACAUACUCUCCGCCGCCCUCUUAGCGGCGGUGCUGCUCUUUUUCAUGUUAGUUUUCACUCCACUGGGCGGGUCUGGGCGAGCGCGGACAUCCGGGUCUGGGUACGAUCCCGGGCAACGGGCGAGGGUGGUGGCGCUGCUGGAGUCGGGGAGUCAGACGGCGGCGGUGAAAAUUGAAUCUUGUCCGGCGGAUACGGUGGAUUAUAUGCCCUGUGAAGAUCCGAGACAUAAUAGUCAGCUUAGCCGGGAAAUGAAUUACUACAGGGAAAGGCAUUGCCCAAACCCGGAAGAAAUGCCGCUCUGCUUGAUCCCGCCGACCAAAGGGUACCGCAUUCCUGUCCACUGGCCGGAAAGUUUGUACAAGAUAUGGCACGAAAACAUGCCUUAUAACAAAAUAGCUGAUAGGAAAGGCCAUCAGGGAUGGAUGAAAAAGGAAGGCCGAUACUUCAUAUUUCCUGGUGGUGGUACAAUGUUCCCGGAUGGAGCAGUACAAUAUAUUGAGAAGCUCAAACAGUAUAUACCGAUAGCUGGUGGGGUUUUGAGAACGGCCCUUGAUAUGGGAUGUGGGGUUGCUAGUUUUGGUGGGUACAUGCUUGCAGAAGACAUAUUAACUCUUUCUUUUGCUCCAAGGGAUUCACACAAAUCACAAAUACAGUUUGCUUUGGAAAGAGGAAUACCAGCUUUGGUUGCUAUGCUCGGCACUCGCAGGCUUCCAUUUCCUGGUUUCUCUUUCGAUUUGGUGCACUGUUCUCGAUGCUUGAUCCCUUUCACUGCGUAUAAUGCAACAUAUUUUCUUGAAGUUGAUCGGUUACUUCGCCCAGGAGGCUACCUAGUCAUCUCCGGUCCCCCUGUACAGUGGCAUAAACAAGAUAAGGAAUGGGCUGAGCUUCAGGCAGUAGCCAAAUCAUUGUGUUAUAAACUCAUUGUCGUGGAUGGGAACACUGCCAUCUGGAAAAAGCGAAAUGGGGAUUCGUGUCAUCCUAGUCAAAAUGACUUCAACCUUAGCUUGUGUGAUGAAUCCGACAACCCAAGUGUUGCCUGGUACUUCAAGUUGAAAAAAUGUGCGAGCAGGAUGUCUUCUGCCAAGGGACUAUAUGCUGUUGGGACAAUUCCAAAAUGGCCAGAACGGUUGACUAAAGCUCCUUCAAGGGCCAGUGUGAUGAUAAAUGGAAUUGAUGAGUUUGAAUCUGACAAUCGGGGAUGGGCGAGGAUAGUUGCUUACUAUAAAAAUUCAUUAAACGUACAAUUAGGAACUUCCUCCAUACGAAAUGUCAUGGACAUGAAUGCAUUCUUUGGAGGUUUUGCUGCAGCGCUAUUAUCUGAUCCAGUUUGGGUGAUGAACGUUGUCCCUGCUCACAAGCCUUAUACACUUGAUGUCAUUUAUGAUAGAGGUCUUAUAGGAAUUUACCAUGACUGGUGCGAGCCUUUCUCAACAUAUCCUCGGACUUAUGAUUUGAUUCAUGUAGCUGCUAUUGAAUCUCUAAUAAAGGAUCCCAUCUCCGGAAAGAGUAGGUGUAACCUUGUGGAUGUAAUGGUGGAAAUUGAUCGAAUUUUGCGUCCUGAAGGCACGAUUGUGAUUCGAGAUACACCUGCAGUGAUUGCUAAAGUAGAUCGAAUUGCUCGUGCCAUAAGAUGGAAAGCUUCUAUACACGGGAAAGAACCCGAGUCGCAUGGAAACGAGAAAAUUCUUGUAGCAAGAAAGAACUUCUGGAAGCUAUAG